AUGAUCUCAAACGGCGUUUAUCUGAACGAUCGCCAGAAGCGGAUUGACUUUGUGUUAGUCUUCCGGACCAAAGACGUCAAGUUAUCGGAGGAUAUGUCGAAAUCGCGGCAGAUAUACGAGCAAAACCUCAUAGAGGAGGGGCUGAUACUGGAGUACACGGACAGCAUAGGGAGCGGGGAGUAUACGUAUGUGCAUAUCUUCGCGCCCUGGGAUCUGUUGACCAGAUAUGCUGAAGUCAUGAAACUCCGGAUGCCUAUGAAAACGAUUCAGUCAAAUAUGAAAGUUUUAUUUGAUGAGGAGUACAGCACUGAUAGUAUGGUGUUCACAGCACCAUACACUCGCGAUAAGGAAUACCUGUUUGACAUACCGGUGCCCGAUAAGGAACAGUUCUUCACGAGCAGCCAAAGGGCACAAAUUGUGGAGUUUAUUCUGAAGCGAAAGAGUUUUACCACAAAUCCGACCGAUAUAUUGCACAUAGGAAUCGAUAAAUUGAUUUCCGAUGAUAUCUAUUUAGCCGCCUAUCCAUUGCAUGAAGGGAAACUGGAUGAAGACUUAGACUCGGCGCGAAAUCAACUGAUCCAAGACUGGGCAUCGCUAUCAUCACUACUCAAGAGUCAACCACUGGAAAGGAUAGCCGAUUACUUCGGUGUGAAAGUAGCCAUGUAUUUCGCAUGGGUUGGCUUCUACACCAAGAUGUUGGUGCCCGCCUCAGUCAUUGGUCUCAUAUGCUUCAUAUACGGCGUGUCGACCCUCACCGCCGACGUACCAACCCGUCAGUUAUGCGAGAACGACGACACGUAUAUGUGCCCCAUAUGUAGCCAUAACUGCAACUACACGCUACUGUCCCAGUCGUGCUCCUACAUGAAGGGCUCUUACCUGUUGGACAAUUACGGAACUGUAGUGUUCGCC